AUGCACUUCGAAGACAAGCUUGCUUCGGUAUCCGGCAUAGUCAAUUUAGGCAUCUUUUCAAUCACACGAAAACGUGACUCGACCAGUCUGCCGGGCCACAAAAGUGAUCGCCUCCAAGGCCUAGACGGACUCUUGACCAGCGCCACACACGCGAUGGCUUCGUCCACGUCGCCCGGCUCGAAGCCCAGCCUGGCGGGAUCGGAGCAGGCGGGACUCGGUCUCGUCUCGGAGCCGCCAGACGGACGAGACAGCCUGUUUACGGGGCAGGAGGGGAUCAAAAUCACAACCACCAGCACUGCCAAUCAGCUGUCUGCCUCGAGUCUGAGCUCCUGGAGCAAUCCGGUCUAUUUGUGUGGCCCGUCGGAGCAUGCCAAUUUUACCCAACGUCAGAGUCCUCACAUGCACCAAAGCAGCGAAGCGCUGCAUCCGGCACCUGCAAAGGACCGAUCUCAGGCCCAAGAUGGCCUGCAGAAGGUGAUGCUCACCUCAUCAUACCAAGACAUCAACAGUUUGGCGCCCCCGGAGCUGCAAAAUGCCAACUCGCAUCUGCCUCCGAUCGGCGGCCGGCCGAUCAGGCCCGAUUCACCCGCGCUCAACGCUUUGUAUCCAGUUCAGACGAGCGAAAAUGACAGGCCCUAUCUCUACAGUAAGUUCCUGCGCUAUUCUUGGCCUUGA